AUGGCAACAACCAACCUCAUCAUCGCGCUUGUUUUCGCAGGCGUCUUCGGCGCAGCCUUGAUCUACGUCGCCCUUUGGUUCAUUCAUCGCUACAUCCAUCAAAGCUGCUGUGAAAUUGAGCAUUGGUGUCACACCCUCUUUUCAAGCCAAGCAAGGCCACCGCCAUGUGUAUACAUCGGAAAAGGGGAGCAGCGAGAGCCGCCGAGGCACCAGUCGAGAUCCACGAAGAGGGAGAGAGAAAGACCUGAGGGGUCGCAGACCAGGAAGUACUACGAGCACCGAGAUGGAGAGAGCCACGCUGCUCGUAAUGCGAAUGCAGGCUGGGCGAGGCCGAUGCUACAAUUCAAUAGCUCUACGCAGCCACAGCAGCAACAGUCAUAUGGACAGUUAUACCAUCCUUCGCUCGAACAGAAACAGUGGCCUAGCGCGAACCGAGUCGACUACCCGUCACAAAUACAGCAGCGGAUUUCAAUGCCAUGGCAGACUCAAGGGUGGGCUUAUACGCCACCUUUCGCUAUGCCUACAGCGGUACCGCAACAACUGUUUCCACAAAUGGCGGCAAGGAUGCCUGAACCUCAGCACCCAACUCAGUAUCUGCCUCAGUAUCAACCCCGAGAGCAACCUAAUUAUCGACAGACCUACACGGAGACGAUGAGUUCGGAUAUACCCAAAGCCAGCCAGCACCAGACCCCUCCAGUGAAGCCGAAGUCUGCCGCUAGUCGUGCGCGUCGAGUCGAGAGAGUAGAUUUUAUCCACAUUUGCGACGAGUAUCCACCUAUCGUGUUGGAGGCGCUGAAGAAGGCAGCCCCUCAGUCAUCGUCAUCGUCAUCGUCCUCAUCAAGCUCCAGUGACACAUCAGGCACCACGCAAGAAGUUCCACGGGUAUCGAUACCGCGAGCGACGCCUGGUUUCACGGACACGUUGCCGUUCGAGUUCCCGCAAUAUUCACAUACGGCAACGAGAGCUUGGAACACUCCUAGAUCGUAUCCUCGACAAUGGAAUCGCGACACGAUGGGGGUUGAUGGGCCGGAUACUUCAGUCAGGUACGCACCCUUUACGCCGAUGAGCGGGUAUGCAGCGAGGCCAUUGGAGUUGUACACGAGUAGGAGGCAUUCAGCACCGAGUAAUGCUCACCCUUAUUCCGCUGCUCAGUCUAGCGUUGCGAGGUCUCGCUCGUACGAGCGGUGGAGACAGCGGACGACAAGUCCGAGAGACAGCGGACCAAGGAAGGACCAACCUGGAGGAGAAGCACAUGCUGUGAGAAGAACGAACACGAAGCCAAACGAAGACACACGCCAGGGGAACGAGAGGGAACGGGUCGUUACUAGUGUCCGAGAUGAGUUCGGUGGACGGUACGAUCGACAGCCCGAGCAGAAGCCAGGCAAGGAACGUUCAUCAACAACACAAGAGGUUCCACGCUACUCUCCGAUGCCUAUUCCAGUGGUCGAAGAACCAUCUACGCCAACGUCGGUAGGCCACACAAGUAUACCGAAGGUACCGUCGGCUUCCGGCAACGCUGCUCGACCGAGAACUAGCUCAGCGCCACACUCUCCUAUUUCACAAAUCCGAAAUCCACUCAAGUUGCCUAGAUCAUCCGUAUCAAGUCUGAACAAGGGCGAGUAG